UCUCUCGCUCCUCUCCACUGAUCUGGUUAGGUUUUUUUAAUUCAGAAGAAUAAUAGUUAAUAUCCAUUUAACUGAAGCAUUAUGUAAUAUGCACAGUGCCUCAUGAAUGUGUUCAGACCCCUUGAGGGAUAGUACACCCAAAAAUUAAAAUUUUUGUUUUAUGUACACUUACAGUGCAUUCAGAAAUUAUUCAGACCCCCUUUUUAAUUUGGUGAUGUUGCAGUCUUAUGCUAAAAUGCUUUAAAUAUAAAAAAAAAUUCACAUCAAUCUACACUACAUACCCCAUAAUAACAAAUCAAAAACCAGGUUUUUGAUAACUUCAAAUGUAUUAUUACGAAAAAACUGAAAUAUCACAUUUACAAAGUAUUCAGACCCUUAACUCAGUACUUAGUUGAAUCACCUUUGGUAGCGAUUACAGCCUCAAGUCCUUUUGGGUAUGAUGCGACAAGCUUUGCAUACAUGGAUUUGGGGGAUUUCUGCCAUUCUUCUCUGUAGAUCCUCUCCAGCUCUGUCAGGUUGUAUGGGGACCAUCGGUGGACAGCCAUUUUCAGGUCUCACCAGAGAUGUUCGAUUGGGUUCAAGUCCGGGCUCUGGCUGGCAUCUCAAGGACAUUACAGAGUUGUCCCUAAGCCACACUUGCAUUGUCUUAACUGUGUGCUUGUGGUCAUUGCACUGUUGGAAGGUGAACCUUUGGCACAGUCUGUGGUCUCUGAGCGCUCUGGACCAGGAUUUCUUUAAGGAUAUCUCUGUAUUUUGCUGCGUUCAGCUUUCCUUUAACCCUGACCAAUCCCAAACCCAGUCCCUGCAGCUGAAAAAGACCCCCAUAGCAUGAUGCUACCAAUACCAUGCUUCACUGUUGGGAUGGUAUUGUGCAGGUGAUGUGCAGUGCCUAGUUCCUCUAGACAUGAAGUUCAAUCUUCAUUUCAUCAGACCAGAGAAUCUUGUUUCUCACAGUCUAAGUGUCCUUUAUGUGCUUUUUUUAUGAGUCUUGCACUGAGGAGAGGCUUCAGUCUGGCCACUCUGCUAUAAAGACCAGAUUGGUCGAGUGUUGCAGUGAUGGUUGUCCUGCUGCAAGUUUCUCACAUCUCUACACAGGAUCCCUGGAGCUCAACCAGAGUGAACAUCGGGUUCUUGGUCACCUCUCUUCCCAUGGCCCUUCUCCCCCGAUUGCUCAGUUUGGCCGGGUGGCCAGCUCUAGGAAGAGUCCUGGUUGUCCCGAACUUCCAUUUAAGAAUUAUUGAGGCCACUGUGCUCUUGGGAAGCUUCAGUGAGUCCAAAUAUGUUUUCAGCCUUCACCAGAUCUGUUCCUUGACACAAUCCUGUCUCUGAGCUCUGCAGGCAGUUUCUUUGACGUCAUGGCUUUGUUUUUCCUCUGAUAUACAUUUUCAGCCUUGAGAUCUUAUAUGGACCAGUGUGUGCCUUUCCAAAUCUGCCCAAUCAAUUGAAUUUGCCACCAGUGGACUCCAAUCGAAGUGUAGAAACAUCUCAAAGUUGAUCCAGAGAAAUUGGAUGCACCUGAGCUAAAUUUCAAGUGUCAUAGCAAAGGGUCUAAAUACUUAUAAAAAUAGUUUAUAUAUAUAUGGAAAUUUGCAAAGUUAUCAAAAAUAUUUUUUUUUGCCUUGUUAUUAUAGAGUAUGGAGUGUAGAUUGAUGUGAAAAAAUUAUUUAAAUCAUUUUAGCAUAAAGAUGCAAAGAAAAAAAGUGAAAAAUGAAGUGGUCUGAAUACUUUCUGAAUACACUGUAUAUCUUCCCCAAACCGCAUGACUUUCUUCUAUGUUUGAAAAGUAUCCUGGUAGCUUUUUUAUUUUAUUAUAUAUAUAUAUAUAUGUAUGUAUAUGAAAGUGAAUGGGUACGGAGGCUCUCAAGCUCCCAAAAAAGCACAAGAAAAGUAGUCCAUUUGAUUCGCACAAUGUUUUCCAAGUCAUCUCAAGCCAUAUGUUAGCUUUGUGUGAGAAACAGACCAAUUUUUAAGUGGAUAUUCACAAAAAAUCUUGCCUUCUGCCAUAGCUCUUGAAACUCAAUCUCACUUCUGCCUGACCUGAGGUCAGGUGUGAACAUUAGCAAGCAUGGAAAGUCAUACAGGUUUGGAAUGGCAUAAAUCUUGACAGAAUUUUUGAGUGAACUACCCCUGUAAAUAAUUAUCUAAUUUUACUGAAUUACAAGUUCUUAAGUAACUUUUUCUGUUCAAAUCAUCAAAAUUCAUAAAUGUUGCGUUUUAUGUUUGAAAGCAUUCUUAACAAAGGUCAAAGACUAAAAUGUUUGCAUUAGUAUUUUAUCCUCAUGUUUUAAUAUUUUGUAGAGCCACGUUUUGUAGCAGUGGCCAUAUGAGACCGACUUUAAAGAUUGAAAAAGAUUUUGUAGUAAUUCAAAAUUAGCAGUCAUGCUUUGGAGGUUGACAUGCUUAUGACUAUUUAAUUCCAUUUGCAAUGAUGCAUUGUCUUUGACAGAGUUUUGACAGGCUACUCCUACAAAGACCACCUAAUGAAGCACCAAUAAGAGAGAAUGCAAAUACAAGUAUUUUCUAACAUUGCGUCUAAAACAUUAAAUCAGUAAAAUUAUAACCGUCUGAUCCAAGGCACAUUUAUUGCAAUGACAGGACAUAGCAAAAUUCAUUAAAAAAUAUACUCACCUAUAGCACAUGUUAUUGCAUGGUUUUGGGGAGAACAUUUCCUAAAAUGUACAUACUUGUAGUACUAAAGUGGUUGAACCUCACAUCCAUAGAGGUUUUAAUGUUCUCCAUUCAAAAGCACAGCCAUACGAACAAUCAGUUUACCCAUGAUAACUAUAGUUACUGUAAGCACCGAGCAUGCAUAGAUAUCUGUACCAACAUUGGCAGAAACACAUAUUUAGAGAAAUUUGUUGUUAACAUUUUUUUCAAAUUAAUUGUCAAGGCAAAACUUUUCAGGGGUGUCAGUUUGAAGGGGGUGAGGAUUUCUCAGACACUUAAAUGUUCUUCUUUUCUGUAUCUGAUGUUCUGUGUGCUAUUAGUGAUGCAGCCAACAUGAACGGUUGUCUUGUGUUGCACACCCUUUCCAACACUGCGAAACGAUCGCCCCAGGGAGAAAAGCAUCCAUGCUUGAUAUCGUAUGGUUCAUGACCAAUAUGUUUCCAGUACAGGAAAAAUCCCUGAAGAGGCAAAGGCACUCUCGCUUUUGGCCCCCGCCCCACCUGUCGCUAGCCUGAUGAGCGGUGGAGGACUUCUGCCUAUUCCCAGCCCUGCUACGCUACAGAACCGAGGUCUUCCUUUAGCUAAUCUGGGGGUUCUGAAGACGAGUUUGGAUACAUCUGUGGCAGCUCUGAGUGGAAUUACCUCACAGCCUCCGCUCAUGGGUAAUGUUGAUCCCUCAAAAAUCAACGAGAUCAGGAGGACGGUCUACGUCGGCAACUUGAAUUCACAGACCACCACAGCAGAGCAGCUGUUGGAGUUCUUCAAACAGGUUGGAGAUGUAAAGUUUGUGCGGAUGGCUGGAGAUGAAACUCAGCCUACUCGUUUUGCCUUUGUGGAAUUUGCAGAUCAGGAUUCAGUGUCAAGAGCGCUAACCUUCAACGGAGUCAUGUUUGGAGACAGACCACUGAAGAUUAACCACUCCAAUAAUGCCAUAGUGAAGCCUCCAGAGCUCACGCCACAGGCUGCUGCUAAAGAGUUGGAAGACGUUAUGAAGAGAGUCCGUGAGGCUCAAUCCACCAUUGCUGCUGCCAUUGAGCCAGUUGAUGUUAAACAACGCUCAUCCAGCAGAUCUAGGCAUUCAAGAAGAUCCCGAUCUCGCUCUCGCUCCCGGUCUCACUCAAAAAGAAAGCGUCCCAGAUCCAAACACGGGGGCCAGGCAUCCCAAAGAUCACGGCAGAGUAUGAGCGACUCUCUUGGGUCUCAUGGGAGACGCUCGCGCUCCAGAGACAGGAAACACAGCCGCAGUCGAUCUCACUCCAGGGACAAGAGGAAUGAGAAGGAGGGCAAGGUAAGGAAGGACAAUGACUGGGAUGAAAAGAGGCAGAGGGACAAAAAAGGAAGGACGCCUCUAAAAGGCCACAGCAACUCCAGACACUCCCGCAGUAUAAGCAGAGGACAUAAAAGAAGAAGCAAAUCUCGAUCCAGGUCGCCAAGGCGGCGAGCCAGGUCACCAUCACCAAAAAGAGGGAAGAAGGAAAGAAAGAGGAAUAAAGAGAGGAACAGUAGCAGGGAAAGGAGGGAGAGUCCAGUGUCCAGGAGAAAAAGCAGGGAUUCUGAUCACAAAGCAAAAUACUUACAGGUGGACCAUGAGCAGGACAGUUACAUGGAGGGGUCUGGUUCUGCGGCUAGUGAUGACAAAUCUCCCCAAGUACAUCACAACGGCAGUUACUGGAGUGCGUACGCUGAAGAGGAUGAACUCUCGGCUGCUGAGUGAUCAACGUGCAUAUGCCAAGCCAUGAAGAGUGAUUUGUAACGGUUGUGUCUGGAGAGCACAUGCUGUGUCAUACUGUAACAUCUGACAAACUUUCGCUUGCGUCCAUCGGUGUGUGAUUGUAUGCUUCUGAGAACUCUUAGAAAACAUUUUCUACCGCUGUGAAUACCGCCUGUCAUAUGAUAUUCAUAUGGAUGAAAAUGUAAAGUUUGGGUUCGAUUCUUUAUUGUGGUGAAAGCUGCGGUAUAUUGAAUGGUUGAGAUGCUCGUAUUGAAGCCGCUUUUUUAAUUGUUUUCUUUUGCAUGUAACUGUGUUAACACUUGUGUGUGGAAAGAUGUGCUGUUUUUGUGUGCUCUGUCUUUUUUUUUUAUCUGUCUUGCAGCCAUUAUUACUUGGACAAAUCUCUUGAAGAAAUGUCUGGUUCAUAUUUUAUCUUUGAAGUAAAAGAAAAAAUAAUUGUUUUGUCUAAAGAAAAUUAAGCCCAUUUAAAAUUAAGCCUCAGGAAAUAGAUGUGUUAUUGUUAUUCUAUGGUAAUUAAAAAUGUAUCCUCCAAUUUCUCAUUACUGAAAUGUGAAGAAAUCUCAUCACUAUAACACAGUAAUGACUAUUUCUUGAUAGUUUGCUUGAGAUCCACCCAUUCUAUCUGGUUAGGUAACUUCUCUGCAUUUUCUGUUUACUAAAGAAUAAAAUGUGAUUGUUAGUCGGGUGUGUGUAGAACACUCCCAGUGAGCUGAACAGUGCAUGCAUAAAGUGCCUCGACAUAUUGUGUGGCAACUGAAUAUUCAAAAAAACGUUUAAAUCAAGUCACAAAGGGAUAUUUAUCUAGUGCACAAUCUAAACAACAUUAUAGCAAAGUUGUGUAAAAUGCAUUGUUUUAUCUUUAUUUUUUAAACAGUAUUUUGCUAGAACCAGUGAAAGCAGAGACGUGCAGUAAAAAGUAUCAUUGUGUGGCAUAUAUUCAAAUGUGUAAACAGAUUUUCUAAGAAGCCUUGGUGAGCACAGUAAAGUUAUUAAUGGUUACUGCGGUCUCAUUUACAAUAAUGACAAUUUAAAGCUUUACGCUUCUGAAUAUUAUUUAUUUUUUAUAUCAAGUCCUUUUAUGUUAUUCUUUUGUGAGUGGGUUUAUAUAAGUAUAUAUACUUGUUAGCAUCAGGACCUAAUAUGAAUAAGAUUGAAGUAACUAUUGAUUUGUAAGCCAUGUGGUUGUGCAUCUGUUUAGAGAUUUUCCUUAACAUAAAUUUACAUUAAAGAGGAUAUACUUCUGAA